AUGAUUGACGCUGCUAUUUUGGCUGCACUGACCCCCCUCCAGACUUCUAUUGACACUCUCACCACGAGAGUAGAGGCUUGUGAGAGCAAGCAGAGGGAGACCUCCAAGGUGACGGCUUUGAAAGCCAAAGUAGCAAAUUUGAGGAAGGACAUAGACUAUCUAAAGUCUACUGACUUCACUUCAUUACUAGAGGCUGCAGAUAAUUUGGACGCUCCUGAGAAUUCAGAGAUUCCUCCGGCUACCACCAAAGACUUGCAUAGGGAUGAUGUAGCAGUUGAUGAGUCAGAUGCAGAGAUCAAUGAGGAGCAGAUAGAGAUACGGGAAGAGAUCAUAUACGGAGAUUUUCCAGAUCUUGAGGAGACAAUUGUGUAG